AAUCGGGGUAGGCGUGGCUAAAACGACCUCUGAUGACGUGUAGAAGGCAUCGGAGUCUGCACGUCGGCGCGCGAGCAGUUUGAAAAUGGAAAGACAGGCGGGAUUAACGGAUAGUGAUUGCCUCGUUUCUCCUGUUGCGGCUGAGCCCGACCAGCCGCGCACGGACUCUCCGGUACUCUUUUCUGAGGUGGAAGCGGUGGCUGCCGGAUGGAUGCUGGAUUUUGCCUGCCGCUGUUUGUGUCGCCAUUUCUGUGAGGACAAUCGUCGGGACUUUGAGAGGAGCUGCGACUUGUUGCUGACUAUUAUCAAAGGGUUACGCAGAACAGAAGCUCAGCAAGUGAAAGCAAUAUGCAUUUGUCAGCUAUUGGUUUGCGUUGCAGAAGGAAAAUCACUUGAUUCUCAUUUUGGGAGUGAUCAGACAAUUUCGCCUCUGGAAAAUGCUCUGUCAGCUUGGACUUCACUUCAGAAAGUACAAAGCAUACAAGAUAAACUUCAUGAAGAAAUCAAACACUUAAUUCAGAUUCAGGCGGUGGCAGUACAUAUGGAAAAGGGUUAUUUUAAGGAAGCGGUAGAAGUCCUAGAAAGGAUGUUUCCAGAAUCGACCUCAAAUGAGCCUUUAAGAAUGAAGCUGGCUGCAAUAACAAAACAAAAGGACCCCUAUCACCAAUUUCUCCUGCAUUUCAGUUUCAGUCUUCUCACUGAGAAAAUCAAAUCUUAUGUUAGGAUGUUCUUGAAUGAAGAAUCUGACAAUUUUCUAAUGAAGGAAGCUACAAAAGAAGCAAAAACUAAAAAAUCAGGACAAAUGUUAACAGAUGUACAAUGCAACAGUGAAAGUGAACCAGCUGCAAAAAAAUUCUUGGAAAGCAUGCAAAGAUUGCAAAAAGAGUCUUGUUCUUUAACUGGCCAAGCAUUUUGGAAUUUGGGACAGAUAUGGUGUCCCCAUAAAACAAGAAUUACAAAAUGGAAAGGUCUCCAGAGUAAGAAAGUCUUGCAGAGCAUUGAAAAUACUCAGGAAGGUGAUAGGUGUCUGCCUGCUGGUCAGAAGAAACGACGCUGGAGUUUUGAAGAAGACAAGAAACUGAAGGAUGGUGUACAGAAGUUUGGAGUAGGAAACUGGACUCAGAUUCUUCAGCAUUAUGGCUUCAACAAUCGAACUAAUGUAAUGCUGAAAGACAGGUGGAGGACUAUGGUUCGGUUAGGCAUUGCUUAGCUGUCUUUCCAACUUUAACUGCCUAGUAUCUGUAAGAAAUAAACUAAUGUAUAUUUUCAAUGCAAAAAAAAUUCUUUUCAAUUAUUUUAGUACAUUCUGUAACCAUCUUGGUUCCUGUAAAUAGUUUUUAGCAUCAAUAAAGUAAUAAUACUGA